CUGACUUCUAGCUUUGCAAAGGCUCAUCCGUCAGUUCACACCCGGACAUGCCGGUUUCCGGUGCAAGAAACGCCACACGUGCUUCCUUGACAUCGAAUACGACGUAUCAUGGCUUCUCAAGGUCCAGACACGUCGUAUACGCACCCGAACCGGGCUUAAAAAGCAGAACCACAAGGACGAUGCCAUUUCGAUCAAUUUCUCAGUCUUAUUUUGAUACCGCUUUGUCCCGUCUGUUUCACCAUCGGUUCCGUCCACAUAGAGAUGGCGCCUGGCGGAUUGCGUACUUGAAUUUGACGCGUGGCGCCCAGUCACUGAUGGUGCCUUAUCACCCAGCUCCAUUGCAUUGGGCACUGCGAUGGACAGACAUGCCAUGUAGGUGUGGGAAGAAAAACUCAUCACGCUCUCCAUCCAAACACCGGAGCUACGGCAAGCUACCGCUAGUAGUAUGCAUGAACAGCAGUUUAUCCACUACUUCUAGAACAAUGGAUGUAUUCUACUCCCCAAAUAUUUCACCCAGAGUUUUUGUCGGUCAUUCCGUUUAUCUAUUUUUAGGCGACAUCAUGAGCAGAAGCGGCGCGCGCCGAAUCAAUUCUCGAAGAUAUAGUCGCGAGAAGAGAGACACAAUUGUAUCCCUCAGUUCAAGAGAUCAGUACAAAGUUCCGUUUCCUUGAAACUUGUAUAGAAACUUGUAUAGCUCCUAUGCGAGUGCUGAUGCAAGGAGGAUUAGUUAGCGGGUGUGUUACGCAGCUGCCUUAAGAGCCGGUUGCAACACUUCUUGGUGACGGUCUUCGUCAUGCCGCUGGAAGCUUACUCUGCCCUCGUCAUUAUUUAAAAUGGAAGAAUCAACCUUUUUCAUGCAUUGG